AUGGUCACGUGGCCGCGGUAUGCAGAUCAGUUCAGCAACGAGAAGCUUAUUGUGGAAGUGCUCAAGGUGGGCGUCAGCAUCGGCGCCAAGGACUACGCAUCGUCCGUGGAGACUCACCAGGUGAUCGGCGGUGAAGUAAUCGCUGAAUCCAUCGGAAGAUUGAUGAGCAACAACGAGGAGGGCGGUGCCAUAAGAAAGAAGGCCAAGGACCUCAGUGUGAAGGCAAGGACCGCGGUGGAGAAUGGUGGAUCUUCGUACAAUGAUGUUGGCCAGCUGAUGGACGAGUUGACGGCCCGCCGGAGUUCCAAGAAGGUUGGAGAAAUGUAA